AUGUCCAACGGUCUUGCAUUAGUGGACAUUGCCCAGUGUGCGCUGAUCUAUGCGUGGAGUACAUCUGAACUGUAUGGUUCUGAUCCAACGCCUGCGAUUCAGUUACAGUUGAGUGAAGUUUCAUCGCCGAGUCCCGUUGAGCAAGACAUCGAGGACGACGAUAUGCGGUUACCGAGAAGUGAAACAUCUUCACCGCGGAAACCUCCACUAUCACCAAAAUCAAGUGCUAAUGUUAUAUCACUGUUUCGACGAAAUACUGUCGAAUUCGCGGCCUCAAUACGUGAACGCUAUCGUGAAACUAGACGAGAGCAUACAGAUCGACCAGAUACGGAGUUGGGAGAGGAUGCUCUUCUAACAGCAUCACCUUCAAAACCCGCACAGCGAUGCCAGUCGGAACGUCAUAGAGGCAUCAUGCGGCAUUUUACAAAGAAGAAAACUAAGGUGACGAGGAGCCUGUCCUUUCAAAGCCCAGAGAAAGUUAUUGGUGAAGGUUAG